CGGUGAUUUUCUCAAUAUUCAACCAGAAGAACUCAAGUUCCCCUUUGAACUGAGGAAGCAGAGUUCAUGUUCUAUGCAAUUGGCCAACAAAACUGCUCAUUAUAUUGCAUUCAAGGUUAAAACUACCAACCCCAAGAAGUACUGUGUCAGGCCCAACGCCGGGAUUGUUCAGCCUGGCACUGCAUGCAAUGUUACCGUUACAAUGCAAGCUCAGAAAGAGUUACCUUCUGAUAUGCAGUGCAAGGACAAAUUUCUCCUUCAAAGUGUUAUUGCACCCAAUGGUGCAACUGCUAAAGAUGUAAACCUGGAAAUGUUCAAUAAGGAGGAUGGAAAGGUUGUUGACGAAUUCAAAUUAAGGGUUGUUUACACUCCCACUAAUCCUCCUUCACCAGUUCCUGAAGGAUCUGAGGAAGGUUCUCCUCCCAGGGCUUUCACAGCUGAGGAAAAUGCUACAUUGCAUGAUGCUGUAACAAGAUCUUUGGAGGAGCCCAGAAAGAAACCUUCAUCUUCAGAGGCAUGGUCUAUGAUUUCUAAAUUGACCGAAGAGAAAGCUUUCGCUAUUCAACAAAAUCAGAAGCUCCAUCAGCAGUUGAGUGUCACCAUAGAGGAGUUGGUGAAGCAGGGCAAAAGCAAUUCCUGUUAUUUCAGAAAGUACUUAAUUGGUAGGCUAUGUGAGAUUUGUGAAGACUAGAUUUAUUUGUUGAUUUCAAUUAGUGUGGUAUGUUUUGUCUUCAGCACACAGUGUUGCACCUUAUUUUUAGCUAGCGGUGUUCACACUAUCCAACGGGUAGGAAUUAUGAUAUUUCAUUUUCUUACCCGAUACUUUACAGAAAUUUUUUUUGUGGCCUACCCUACCUGAUCAAGUGUACUAUU